AUGGGGAAUGUCCAACCUGCAGUCUUUCAUGGAGAGGGAAGUUUUGCAGUAGGGAGAAGGACCUGGUUUAGGGGCAGCAGUAACAGCAGCAGCAGCAGCAGCAGCGGCAACAGCAGCCACGAGUUCAGCAGCAGCAGCAGCAGCGGCAACAGGAUCAGCUGCAACACCAUGAGCAGCAGCAACCGCACAAUUAAAAGCAACGGCCUCAACGACUCAGCAGCACAGUCUGCUGCCGAGGGGCGCAACUGGCCGGCAAAUGCAGCAGCAGCAGCAGCUGCUGCUGCUGCAGCAGCGGCAGCAGCGGCAGCAGCAGCAACAGCACCGCGACAGUCACCGGCAGCAGGGGCAGCAGGAACAGCAGAAGGAGCUGCAGCAGGAGCAGCAGAAGCAGCAGGAGAGACGCUUGGGCCGUAUACUCCAGAAGAGGCGCGACAGGAAUUAAGUCGUAGAUGGGGGAACACUACCAUGUUCAAAAGAUUAGAGAAGGAGAGACAAACAUUUCUUCGUGAGAUAGUAGAGGGAGUUGUUCUUGUCUUACCUCUUGAAUAUUCUGAUCUUGAUGCAUCGGACUUUUUAUCUGCUGCUCACCCUCCUAGGCCGCAGCAGCAGCAGCAGCAGCAGCAGCAACAACAACAACAGCAACAGCAGGGAGCGGAGCCGCUUCCUGCAUCUGCCGACAGCAGCAACAACACCAGAGGCGCCGCAACAGACACAACCCCCACCCCCACCACCUUCGUCAGUACCAGCAGCAGUGGCGGCGGCAGCAGCAGCAGCAGCAGCAAGAACAAGCGUGCUGCACAGCUAUUAUCCCGUUUCCCUCCAUCUAUGCUGCAGUAUCGUGCUGCAGCAGCAGAUGGUGUCCGAUGGAUUGUUGCAGUAGAGGGGGCCCCUGAUACAGCUUAUGCUGCAGACCCUUUCUUACUCAGCUUCAGGUUCCCUCCUAAAUAUCCUAUUGGCUUUCAGUGGUAA